AUGACUGAUGCUAAAGACGGCGUAUCCUUCUUUGACCUCGCGUCUGGCACCUCAGUCGCUCCAUCAGACACAGCUGACAACCUCACUCGCUCACAGUGGCUUACCCGUGACGCUGCUGCUCGCCUAGCUAUUCGCAACCACCUGCCGUUAGCCGAACGCACUCACUUUGGCCAGCACAAAACUGCUAAGGCACUGUACGCUGCUGUCAUCGCUCGCUACUCUUCCCCAGCCACUACUGCUCUCAGCCGCCUUAUCCUACCCUACCUGUUCCCUGAGCUAUCCUCCUUCGCCACAGCUGAGGACCUCAUCGCUCACCUUCGUGCUAGUCACCUACGCUACCGCGCCGCCCUCCCAGCCGAGUUCUUAGCCAAGAACCCUCCCCCGAUGUACAUCACCCUCUACUUCAUAGUCACCCGACUCCCUGACUCUCUUCGAGUAGUCAGGGACCACUUUCUCGCCCUCCCCCCCACCGACCUCACAGUCGACGACCUCGAGAAGCAACUUCUUGCAGCUGAGACCAACAUGGUCGCUGUAGGUGCUGCUCGUGGCACUCCCCGUACUCCCCUCUUUGAGGGCGCCGCAGCGGCAAGGGCAGGGGAGGCAAGGGCGGCAGCGGUGGCAGCGGGGGGGGGGGGGGUGGUGGUGGUGGAGGCGGAGGCGGUGGGGGUGGUGGCGGUGGGGGUGGUGGAGGGAGUGGAGGUGUCGGUGGUGGUGGUGGCGGCGGCGGUGGGCGUGGUGGUGGUGGAGGUGGCGGUGGAGGGAGCGGUGGCGGUGGUGGCGGCAGCGGAGGUGGUGGCGGCAGUGGGAGCGGUGGUACCGGCGGUGGUGGAGGCGGUGGUGGCGGACGUGGUGGAGCUGUUCAGCGGGGAGGUGCUGGUGGUGGCCUGCGCCAGCAGCAGCAGCGUCCGCACGAGCCCCUCACGCCCCAGCAGCUUCGUGAGUGAGUACCGCUGUUUCUCCCAGCUUGACGACGCUUGGCGUGCCCAGUUUCCUGACGCAGUGGAGCUCCCCCGUUGGGCGGACCUGCUUAAGCGCGAUGUUGAUAUCUUUGCACUAGACUUUGAUGCUAUCCUUGCUGCCAUGUAUGCAUUGACUGUAAGUGCUGAUGGGGACCGUUACUUGUAUAUGCCACCUGACCCAGGUAUAGAGUCUGCUGCUCUAGGUGCUAGUGAGUCUGCUCUCUCUGGUACUGCGCCUGCUGAGGCCUUGCACACCUUCACGCUUGACUCAGCGUGUGGCGAUCUGUACAUGCUCUUGGACUGGCCGUCACCUGGCCACGUUCACUCGUCGGCCGGGGUCGAGUCUGUACACACUGACUACUGCGCCGCCUCAGGUCGCUGCGUCCGCUCAGGUGUCCCCGUCAGGUCUCUGCCUUCCCUCCCACCCUCGCCUGCCCCGCCCUGCCUUCCUUGCGUCGAGGGGCGGCAGCGCGCCGCUCCUCACUCCUCCUCGUUUCCCCCGACGACUGCUCCCCUGCAUACUCUCGACAUAGACGUGUGGGGCCCAGCCCGCGUCCAGGGCCAGGGCCGCGAGCGGUAUUUUCUGCUGGUUGUUGACGACUACUCGCGUUACACCACGGUCUUCCCCUUGCGUAGCAAGGGUGAGGUCCCUGAUGUUUUGAUCCCUUGGAUCCGCGCUGUCCGUCUCCAGCUCCGCGAGCGGUUCCAGACGGACCUUCCCGUCCUGCGUCUGCACUCUGACAGAGGUGGUGAGUUCUCCUCCGACCUCUUGCGGGACUUUUGUCAGGGGGAGGGCAUCCUCCAGUCGUUCAUGCUUCCGGCCUCUCUGCAGCAGAAUGGGGUUGCUGAGUGCCGCAUUGGCUUAGUCAUGGAGCUCAACCUCUGGCCCCGUGUCUCCUUGCCGGAGACCUCGCCCACACUGCGUUGGACGGGGAAGGUUGGCGAUGCGUCGCGGUUCCGGGUCUGGGGCUCUCGUGCCUUUGUCCGCGAUACCACCGCGGACAAGCUCUCCGCUCGCGCCAUUCCAGGCGUUUUCCUUGGCUUUGUCCCUGAUGCGCCUGGCUGGCAGUUUUACCACCCCACCUCGCGCCGUGUCUUCCCCUCUCAGGACGUCACGUUUGACGAGUCGGUUCCCUUUUACAGUCUCUUCCCCUACCGCGCUGCUCCUCCCCUGCCCCCGCCGCUCUUCCUCGCUCCAGGUCCCCCUCCGCCUGUCGAGGUCACUGGUGACUCGGGUGCUGCUGGGGGGGGUGCUGCUCGAGGUGCUGAGUCUGGGGGUGCUGAGCCUGAGCGUGCAGAGCCUGGGGGUGCUGAGCCUGAGCGUGCGGAGCCUGGGGGUGCUGAGCCUACGACUGCGGAGCCUGGGGUGCUGAGCGUGCGAGUGCGGAGCCUGCGGGUGCUGAGCCUGCGACUGCGGAGCCUGGGGGUGCUGAGCCUGCGAGUGUGGAGCCUGGGGGUGCUGAGUCUGAGCGUGCGGAGCCUGGGGGUGCUGAGUCUGGGGGUGCUGCGCCUAGGGGUCCUGCGGCUCCACUCCGGGAGCCUCUCUCACCGCAGCAGCUGCGCGAGUGGUUCGCUCGCCGCUGUCGCCUUCAGAGUGGCGCUGCUGGAGCUGGAGGCACUGGAGCUGGAGACGCUGGUGCUGGAGGUAACGGAGGGGCUGGAGCUACUGGUCCUGGAGGUGCUAGUGCUGGAGGCACUAGAGCUGGAGGCACUGGAGCUGGAGACACUGCCGCUGGUGGUGCUGGAGCUGGAGGCACUGGGGCUGGUGGCGCUAGAGCUGGAGACGCUGGAGCUGGAGACACUGGAGCCGGUGGCGCUGGAGGCACUGGAGCUGGAGACACUGGCGCUGGAGACGCUGGAGCCGGAGGCCCUGGCACUGGAGGCGUUGGAGGUGGAGGCGCUGGAGCUGCAGGCGCUGAAGCUGGAGGCGCUGGAGCUGGAGGCGCUGGAGCUGGCGCUACUGGAGCUGGCGGUGCUGACAUUGGAGGUGCUGGAGCUGGAGGCCCUGUGCAGCAGCGACCGUUUUUCGAGCCGCCGCCGCAGCUAUCCGGUCUCCCUUACAGAGCGUCGUGAGCCUGCGUCUCGUCCUGCCUCCCCUGUUCGCGCUGUUCGCACCGCUCGUCGUGUCCCGCGUCCGCGUCCUCCUCCUAUGCCAGGCACUCACAUUAUGUCCCUUCGUCCCUCCACUGCUCCUCAGCGUGUCCCGCUACCGUCUCCUCCUGCGUCCUCUCUUCCUGAGCUUCCUGACCCUGAGUCUGACCGUGUUCGUGCUGCUAGCCCCACAGUCACGCGUCUUCUCGCUACAGUCGUCACAGACCCGUUGUUUGAGUCUACUGCUGCGUCUGCCCUGGUUGCUGAGCUUGUCGACUUUGCUGCUGCGUGUCGUCUAGACUACGCCGCCAGUCUUGUUGCUGAGUCUGAGUCUGAGUCUGUCUGUCCUCCGUCCGUUGGGGGUGAGUGUGCUCUUGGAACGGACGUCCUUGAGGACAGGCAGGAGGACUUUGAGUCUCUUGCGGCUGCUACAGCCAUGGACGCAGAGAUGGCAUCCUGGAAGUCCACAGGCACCUACGUCGACGAGGUUCCCCCUCAUGGGGCGAACAUAGUCGAUGGCAUGUGGAUUUUCAGGGUGAAGCGGCUGCCGGGUUCUCCGCCUGUCUUCAAGGCUCGUUACGUUGCACGAGGCUUCAGUCAGCGUCAGGGGGUUGACUUCUUCCAGACCUUCUCCCCUACCCUGAAGAUGACCACUCUUCGGGUGCUGUUGCACGUUGCCGCUCAGCGUGACUACGAGCUUCACUCUCUAGACUUCAGCACAGCCUUCUUACAGGGCAGCCUGCACGAGGAGAUCUGGCUGCGCCGCCCACCUGGCUUCACUGGGUCGUUCCCUCCUGGUAUCCAGUGGAGCCUCCGGCGGCCAGUCUACGGUCUCCGCCAGGCGCCUUGUGAGUGGCACGACACACUGAGGACGACACUUGUGGCUCUUGGGUUUGCUCCUUCGACUGCUGACCCGUCGCUGUUUUUGCGCACUGACACUUCGCGGUCGCCGUUCUACAUACUCGUGUACGCCGGCGACUUGAUCACCCGGGACAGAGCACGGCGCACCAUCACCCUGACUCAGUCACACAUGGUGCAGCAGGUCCUUCAGCGCUUCGGCUUCCAGUUCUCCUCACCACAGUCCACUCCUCCGUCUACCGGCCACUCGCUCUCAGCUCCACCUUCGGACGAGUCCGUAGAGCCGAGUGGCCCGUACCCAGAGCUUGUGGGCUGCCUCAUGUACCUGAUGACCUGCACACGACCUGACCUUGCGUACCCUCUUAGCAUCCUGGCUCGCUACGUUGCGCCUGGGAGACACCGCAGAGAGCACUGGGAGGCUGCUAAGAGGGUGCUGCGCUACUUGUGCAGUACAUCAUGCAUGGGGCUGGUGCUUGGAGGACGGGGUGACGUUGUCCUCACUGGACACUCUGACGCUUCUUGGGUUGACGACCUGGCUACACAGCGGUCGUCACAGGGUUACACCUUCAGCCUUGGUUCCGGCUCUGUCUCUUGGCAAUCUACAUGCUCUUCCUCUGUUCUCAGCUCCAGUUGUGAGGCUGAGAUCUACGCCACAGCCAUGGCUGCACAGGAGCUACGCUGGCUUACCUACCUGCUGACUGACUUGGGAGAGCGGCCUCAUUCUCCUCCAGUUCUGUACGGUGACAACAAGGCAGCCCUCGCCUUGUGUCAGGAGCACAGACUGGAGCACAGAACGAAGCACAUCGCUCUUCGUUACUUCCUGGCUCGAGAGCUGCAGCAGCGUGGCCAGCUUCGUCUUGCUUACGUGGACACGCGGGCCAACACUGCUGAUAUAUUCACCAAGGCACUUCCGCCUAGUGAUCACCAGCGGCACUGUACUGCUCUAGGCCUCGUGCCUACGUUCUCUCACUUGCUCACUGCUUGA